AUGUUGCGAAUCACGAAUCUUUCCGGUACCCAUUUGGCAAACAUUCCCCUGGUGGAGCUCAGCGAUGUCAAAGCACUCAAGCAGCAAUUGCACAAGCAGCAUGGCCUGCCGCCACGCUUCAGACAAAGGAUCCUUGACGAGGGAAAGGUGUUGGAUGAUGGUAUCAAGCUGGAGUCCCCAGCGCUUCUGGAGGUUACCUCGAGCUCGGUAAUGGAUCUGCAGGUUUUGAUCUUGGAGUUUUGCGAGGCUUCCGAAGAGCAGAAGGACCAGCUAUGGGAUGCGGCCGACGAGAAUUUCGUGGCCGAGGCAGAAGUCUAA